AUGAAGGCUCUUUCGAGGGGGUUAUCAGAGGGCCAUUGGAGAGGCUGUAGUUUUACAACGUUUGUGUCCGACUGUGGAUUUGCAGAAGGUAUCUGUCGGAGCUGGGCUGAAAGCCGGAUUCGGGAAGUGGGUGGAGCCCGGAACAGCCAGGAGAAAUUGAGCAUCCAGGGACUAUCAUUACUGGGAACACUACCCACAGGAAUUGUUCUCCACCGAGAAGGAAACCAGGAAAUUGUUGUUCUACUCAGGACUGAUCCAGGAGCCAUGAAAGCCAUUACUUCAGAAGACUUCGAAGAUUGUUUGCUGAACAAGGUGGAUGCAAGGCGUCAUCAGAUUUCUGAGGCUCUGGAGGAGGUGCAGAAAGUUGUCCACCGUUUGACCACAGAAAUCAGCCACCAAGACGUUCGAUUUCAAGCCGUGCCUUACUCUGACUCGUACAACGGGAACAUUAAGGUUUUGGCGCCCAGUCAGUUCCUCGUUACAGUCCCAGUAAAGGGCCUGGCUGGGUACAGGGAAGCCAGAGAGAAGCGCUGGCGGUACUACACGGUGCAGGGCGUCAGGCUGCGAACCUUCCCCUUGCGGGACCCCGAGGGCCUGCAGCAGUGGCUGGAGGCGGAGCAGUUUAGGAAGAUCCUGUGGCAGUGGCACGAGACAGAUGUGAACAUCGAGGGAGACAUUGUGCCCGCCAAGGUCCUCCAGGUGUUCCGGAAGCUGGUGGAAAACGCAAUUAGAAAUUGUCACCUCUCAGCUAAGGUCAGUAUGCUGGAGAACCGAUCUGCAGUUUGGGUUGCCGUGGAAACAUGCGCCUGUCAGGUGGAACUAGAGCUGGCCCCCAGCGUGGAGAUCCCCACCACCUGGUCAAAGAAAGCCCGGUGGCCUCGGUGCCUGAAGCGUUGGCCCUCCCCAGAGAGAGUGGAGUGCAUCAAGUCAUUCGGGUUUGACUUGUUGGCCCGUGCAAGUUAUCACUGGCAGCUGAGCUUCCUGCGUGCCGAGCAGGUGUUGCUGCAGCAGCUGGACGAGGACGAGGGCUGCCGCCGGAAGUGUUUCCAGGCCCUGAGGCAGCUGAAGGAGGACGUCUGGUGUCCGGGGAAGAGGCCCGUCCUCACAUCCCACCAUCUGCAG